AUGGCUUAUGAAGUUAUGAAUACUCUUGAAUUUCUUAAAUAUUGUGAAAAACCCAGUAUAGCAGUACUUGCUAGCUUGUCUCCUGCUUUUACUAAAAUGUCACAAUUGAUUUGGACUAAUACACUAUUUACAACUAAUACUGAAGAAUCAGCUCAUGCAAAUAUUAACAGGAAUGGACAUAAUUUAUCUUUAUUGGCUACAAUUAACAA